UUGCAGUUAGCAUUGCAGUUGGCAUUGAGUUCCUAAUUGCAGUUGGCAGUUACCAUUGCUGAUACUCAUUACCUUUAUUGCGUUAAGUUAUUGCAGACUGUAAGCAUUCCAGUAAUUGUUCUUCGAAAAUGUCGGAUUUGUCCUGUUUGGUCAUUGAAAACUUGAAAUUAUUCGGCCAACUGCUCGACAAAAAUACAAGAUGUUUACAUUAUCACAGUGAAAUUGAUAUUAUUGCAAUUAAAUUCAAAUGUUGUGGAUACUACUUUUCUUGUUUUAAAUGUCAUGAUUUGUUUAGAAAUUACUCGAUUAAUCAUCCGGUGGAAAAAUUUAGUAAGCUGGAUUAUGGAAAAGUGGUUCUUUGCGGGAAUUGUUACUCUGAAUUAACUUUUGAUGACUACUCGAAAAGUCACCGUUGUACCAUUUGCAAUAGUCAAUUCAAUCCUAAAUGUUCUUUCCACUAUGAUUUAUACUUUGAUUAAAAUUGCUUUUGGUGUAUGGGUGUUUGGCGGGAGGCCCAGUCGGUCUUUGCUCGGGGGGUGAUGACGGUAUAAAGUCCCAUUUUAGACUAAUGGCAAAAUCGCCUACUUGUUUCUUCCUUAUACCAAAAUGUCACUUGAUGAAAGUAAAACUACGGUUAUAAUAUCGAAUCUAUCAAAAGAAGAUUUCAUUUCAAAUGAGUUAGCAUUUGUGGACAGAAUUAAAUUAUCGAUCUUAAAUUUAAAACCUCCAAUUGCAAAUGAAUACGGUGACGAUUAUUACUUGAAUAAUAUUCAACAUUGGUCAAAUUUAUCUUCUCUUAAUAGAAUAAUCAUUAUUUUCAAAACAAAUGAGGCUGCGUUGAAUAUAUAUAACUAUUUAUUAGAUAAUUUAAAUGGUAAAUUAUCAAACUUACCCUUUAAUAGUG